AUGCUUGUACUGCUCGUCCCCCUACUGUUCCUCGUGCAGCUCGUAGCUGCGCUGGGUCUGCCCAACGUCCUCACCUUUGCCCCCUCAAAUGGUGCCCUCACUCUCGCCUCCUCUGCCGCCGCUGCUCUGCCCAUCCUGUAUGACUCUGGUGACUCGGAGGCCAUCCACAUCGCCGUGCGCACGUUCGCCGAGGACAUUCUGCGCGUGACUGGCGUCAAGCCGGAGGUGUAUGCCGACACUCUGCCUGACGGCACUGCAUCGGCCAUCAUCGCCGCGACUGUCGGCUCCGCCCUCCUCCAGCGCCUUCGUAAGAAGCGCACCAAGCCCUCCACCGAGGACCACCUCGCCCCUCUGGACGGCAAAUGGGAGUCGUUUGACGCCCGUGUCGUGUCCGAGCCACUGGAGGGCCUGGAUGAGGCCCUUGUGGUUGCUGGCAGUGAUCGCCGCGGCACAAUCUACGGUCUUUACACCCUCGCCGAGUCUAUGGGUGUGUCGCCCUGGUACUGGUGGGCUGAUGUGCCCAUUAAGAAGCACGACGUGGUAGCUAUCCCGCGCGAUGCUGUUCACAGCCACGGUGCGCCUACCGUCAAGUACCGCGGCUUCUUCUUCAACGACGAGCAGCCUGUUCUCUGGAACUGGGCGCGCGACCACUUCAACAUGGGCGACAAGCCUCCCUUCCAGGUUGGCAUGUACGAAAAGGCGUUUGAGCUGCUCCUGCGUCUCAAGGGCAACUACAUGUGGCCAGCAAUGUGGGCGAGCAUGUUCGCCGUCGACGGCGUUGACGAGCUGGUUUCUCCCGCCACCCCUGGCCCGAACCAGUCGCUCGCUGAGCGCAUGGGUGUGGUCAUGGGCACGUCCCACCAUGAGCCCAUGAGCCGUAACCAAAAGGAGUUUACCACUUGGGGUGAAGGCGAGUGGGACUUCCGCACCAACGGCGACUGGCUUCAAGAGUUCUGGAAGUAUGGCGCCGAGCGUGCCAAGGAGUGCGAGACGGUGUAUACUGUCGGCAUGCGUGGCGACGGUGACCUUCCUCUGGACGGUGCAGAUGUUCCACUUGUGGAAAGUAUCACGGCCGCUCAGCAGGAGAUUCUCCGCAAGGUCAACGGCCGUCAGGACAUUAGCGACAUUCCACAGAUGUGGGCCAUGUACAAGGAGGUCAUGGAGUACUUUGCCAACGGCCUCAAGGUGCCGGACGAGGUCACGCCCAUGCUGGCCGAUGACAACUGGGGCAACCUCAUGGCUGUUCUCCCCACCGACAAGAACUACAAGUCUGGCGGUGGAAUCUACUACCACGCCGACUAUGUGGGCGACCCCCGUGACUACAAGUGGAUCAACACUGUCCCACUUGCCAAGAUGUGGGAGCAGCUGAACGUGGCGUUGAGUUUCAAGACCGACAACAUCUGGAUUCUCAAUGUUGGCGACCUCAAGACUCUCGAGAUCCCCCUCGAGUGGUUCCUCGACAUUGCCUAUGACGCUUCGCGCUGGCCACGCACGGCGCUUGCCGAGUACUUGGCAGAGCGUGCCACCCGUGACUUUGGAGUGGUGGGCGACGCGGCAAAAGAGGUCGCCGACAUCAUGGCGACAUACUCGAUCUAUGCCUCGCGUCGCAAGGCCGAGCUGGUUGACAGUGAGACCUUUUCGAUCCUCAACUAUGACGAGGCUGAGACUGUCGUUGCCGACUGGACCGCACUCGAGACGCGCGCGAGGACUGUGUACGAAAAGCUCUCAAGCGAGAGCCAGGUGCCAUUCUACGAGGUCCUCUACGUGCAGAUUCAACUCCAGGCCAACCUGGCCCGCCUGUACCUGGCCGCUGCCAAGUCCAACCUGUACGCGACCCAAGGUCGUACGGCCGCCACCGUCCAGGCUCACGAGGCGCUUGCUCUGUUUGAGCGCGACCACGACCUCACAGAGGAGUACAACAAGCUGCUAAACGGCAAGUGGAAGCACAUGCUCGCCCAAACACAUAUUGGCUACCAGUACUGGCAGAUGCCGGUGCGCAACUCGCUCCCGCCCGUGUCCUUUGUCUCGCUUCGCCAGCACUCGUAUGACCAUGGCCUCAUCGUCCACACCCGCUACACCGUCGAGAACUGCGCGGGCGCCUGGCCGGGUGACAACAGGCACAACUGCCCGCUUGGAUACAACUGUCCCGACCCCACCCUCCUGCCAUCUGACCUUUACGGCCGCCGCCGCUGGGUUGACGUGGGUUCCGGUGGCCCCGAAGAUGUCGAGUUUACGGCUACCCCGGACGCCGAGUGGCUCGACGUGUCCAUCACCAAGGGCAAGAUUACCGGCGACGGCAAGAACGACAAGCGCGUGUGGAUCGGUGUCAACUGGGACAAGGUCGGCGAUGCCACCGAGGGCCACGUCACGUUCCAUGCAAGCGAUGGCGCCCACACGGUCGUCACUGUGCCGCUCAACCACGUCACCGCGCCCCCGGCGGACUUUGCCGGUGCUGUCCAAGGUGACGGCUACGUGGCCAUCGAAGCUGGUGUCCACCAGGCUGUCAUGACCAAGGACAGCCACUCAUGGGGUGAGAUCCCCUUCUACGGCCGCACGCGCAGUGGUCUCGCCGUGUUCCCCGUCGACGCACAAGAGUUUGCGCCUGGUGCCGGUCCCGCUGUCCGCUACGACUUCUGGGCCACGUCGGCAGGCCCCGUGGACGUUACCUUGCAUCUUGGUCCUGCACUCAACUUCAUCCUCGGCCGCCGUAUUGCGUUUGCCGUGCAGAUCGACGACGGCGACGUCGUGCCCAUCUACCCCGUGCCCGAGGCCAAGCUCGGCUCCCUCCCGCACGACUGGGAGGACGUUGUCGCCAAUGAGAUCCGCGAGGUGUCGACCAAGGGCGAGGUCAAGGCUCCUGGCAAGCACAGCAUUACGGUGUAUGGCAUGACUGCUGGUAUUGUGCUGGAGCGUGUCCUUGUCGACUUUGGCGGCAUCAAGGAGAGGGGCUACAGCUACCUGGGCCCUCCCGCCUCUGUUGUGGCGUAG